UUUCUUUCUUUAAAAUAAAAAUAAAUAAGAACUUUUGAAUUCUUGUUAUUUUUAACUUUUUACAUUUUUUUUUUCCUUCAUAUUUUCGGUUUCUCUUCUUCUUUCAAUCUUCUCUCUCUAUAACUUCCCCGCCGUUUCUCUAUCUCUGCUCUCCUCUUCUUCUUCUUCUUCUUCAAACAAAAUUGUUCUCUGCAAUCCCUCUUCACAUAUUAAGAAGCCAGCACUUAUUGGUGGAAAAAGACGCGAUUUUUGCGCCUAUACAUAAAUGUUUAGAACAGCAUGCAUUCCGAUUUUUGAAAGUUGAAGAAACACGCUCUUCAAUUCAAGUAUUUCUUGGAGGGGUGUCGUGUUUUGAACAGCGCAUCAAUGGCGGAAGGAAUGUCGCAAUUCGACGCUGCAGCGGCGGAGGAGGACGCGCUUCUAGGCAAGAGGCUGAACGACAUGGAUUUGGCCUCAAGAAAAGCAGAAGAAGCUUCAUUGAGAAGAUAUGCUGCGGCCGGCUGGUUGAGGAAGGCGGUGGGAGUGGUUACAGCAAGGGAUUUGUCUGAUCAGCCUUUGGAGGAAGAAUUUCGGAUUGCUUUGCGAAGUGGAAUUAUACUUUGCAAUGCACUGAACAAGAUUCAGCCAGGCGCCAUUCCAAAAGUAGUUGAGGCGCCUUCGGAUAGUGUGAUUGUUCCGGAUGGGGCUGCUCUUUCGGCCUUCCAAUAUUUCGAGAAUGUUAGGAACUUUCUUGAUUCUGCAGAGGAAAUGGGGAUUCCAGUUUUUGAAGCCUCUGAUCUGGAACAGGGAGGGAAGAGUUCAAGAAUUGUGAACUGUGUGCUGGCUUUGAAGUCUUACUAUGAGUGGAAGGAAGGAGGUGGGAAAGGAGUGUGGAAAUACAGUGGAAAUUGGAAGCCUCAUUCAGCAUCCAAGCAGUUUGUCAGGAAGAAUUCUGAUCCGUUUGUGAACUCUCUCUCGAGGAACUCAUCCAUUGUUGAGCAGAACGGGCAGGACUUUAAUGAAAUGGGUACUUCUGAUGCCUUGCACUUCUAUGUUCGUGAGCUUCUUUCUGAUAAGAAGCAAGAAGAUAUCCCUCUGAUCGUUGGGAGUAUGCUAAGCAAAGUUAUGGAAGAAUUUGAGCAGCGGUUAGCAAGACAGAAUGAGCAGGCGGGAACAAGUUCGAGAUCUGAUGUGAAUGUCCCAAGUUCCAACGAGCAUCAAGUUGUCGAGGUUGGAGCAAGUCCAAGAUACAUAGAUGUUCCAAGUUCCUGCGCGAGUUCUGAGACUUCAAACAUUAUGGAAGAUAAGAGUUGGUCCAAGAAUGAUUCCCGCGAUGGCAAUCCAAAACGACAUGUUUCCAAGCGCCGAGUCUUGGUCGAAUGCCAUCAAAGAAGCAUAGAGGAACUCAAAAGUACACUUCACUCGACGAAGGAAGACCUGCAUUUGCUACACAUGAAGUAUCAAGAAGAAAUCCAAUAUCUAGGUAAGCACUUGAAGGGUCUUGCUAGUGCGGCUUCUCGAUACCAGAAGGUUCUUGAGGAGAAUCGCAAACUUUACAAUCAAGUGCAGGACCUCAAAGGAAAUAUAAGGGUAUAUUGCCGAAUACGACCUUUUUUUCCCGGACAGCCAGCUGGUUUGAGCACUGCAGAAGCUCUGGAUGGGCAGACUAUCUCAAUAAUCACUCCUGCAAAAAAUGGCAAGGGGAAGAAGUUGUUCACUUUUAACAAGGUUUUCGGUCCGUCUGCCAGCCAAGAAGAAGUAUUUUCAGAUACACAGCCGCUGAUUCGUUCUGUGCUUGACGGGUAUAAUGUUUGUAUAUUUGCUUAUGGCCAAACUGGUUCAGGAAAAACAUAUACUAUGACUGGACCUACGGAACUUACACCCGAAAACUUAGGUGUAAAUUACCGAGCUCUGAGUGAUUUAUUUUUGAUCUCGCAGCAGAGAAAAGACAGCAUGUCAUAUGAUGUCUCUGUCCAGAUGAUAGAAAUCUACAACGAGCAAGUUAGAGAUCUCCUCGUCUCUGACGGUGUCAAUGAAAAAUUAGAAAUUCACAACAACUCCCAGAACGGUUUCAACGUACCAAAUGCAAAUAUUGUGCCUGUUUCAUCGACAUCUGAUGUCAUCAACCUGAUGAACAUUGGGCUUAAAAAUCGCGCAGUUGGUUCCACUUCAAUGAAUGACCGAAGUAGUCGUUCUCACAGUUGCGUGACUGUGCAUGUUCAAGGAAGAAAUCUGACAUCUGGCUCGGUUACUUGCGGUUGUAUGCAUCUGGUCGACCUGGCAGGAAGCGAACGAGCUGAUAAACCAGAUGCAGAUGGUGAGAGGUUGAAGGAGGCUCAACAUAUUAACCGCUCUCUAUCUGCUUUAGGUGAUGUGAUAGCCUCUCUUGCCCAAAAGCAAUCGCACGUCCCUUACAGAAACAGUAAGCUCACACAGUUGCUUCAAGAUUCACUAGGGGUUCAGGCAAAGACUCUAAUGUUCAUUCACAUCAGCCCGGAGCCCGAUGCUCUCGGAGAAACAGUGAACACGUUGAAGUUUGCUGAACGUGUGUCUACUGUCGAGCCUGGUUCUGCUCGAGCAAACAAAGAGAGUCCAGAUGUCAGAGAACUAAAAGAACAGAUAGCUAGUCUUAAAGCAGCCUUACUACGGAAAGAGAGAGGAGAAGAUGGAGCCACAAAUGGAUCUUUUACGUCUUCUCCAGCGCCAUCAUGGCAAAGUAUAGGAGAUGUUAGUAAGGCAGAGGGACAGACCGAGUCCUCAACAGUAUCAAGAAUGCAAAGCUUUGAUGCUGAUGACUUUAUGGCUUCUCCAAUCAGUGUGGUGUCAAUGGAAGAGGGAAAAAGCGUCUCUGGUGAUUGGGUCGAUAAGGUUAUGGUGAAGAGCCAAUUAGGUGAAGAUGGCAGUCAGUCACCAGAAAUAUCAUAUCAGAAGAGCAGACGCGAUACUUCCAAGGUAUACCCGGAACAGUCUUUAAGCAAAAUUGCAGCUCUUAGACGAGACAACAGUUUGGGUAGGAAUCAAUGUGAGGUUGCAGCUGCCACCGAUGAUUUAGAAUACGCAGAAGUUGAAGUUAGUGAUGAAUCAGAUUACCAAUGCCAAACAAAUGGUGCUGAGAAAAAUGGAGGGGGAGGAGGAACAAAAGCCAAAAAACCUACUCAAAAUCAAAGGCAGAUGAAAAGCCCAGAAAUAAGGAGCCUGAUUCCUCAACCCCCAACGAGGAAAGUCGCGAAUGGACCUAAUUCACCAUCGAAGAAACAUGGAAAGAAACCAGCUACGGUUGAUGGGAAACGAAAGCCAGCCUCCACCGGUGGGAAGUGAGAGCCUAAUGUCUUGCACAGGGUUUAUGAAUCUGUCUUCUUUCUCUUUAGAUAUGCAUUCAUUGAUUGGAAUGUGUUCAUAGAAAUGGCAAUGGCAGUGGUGAUUUUUAGGUCUUUUAUUUUUUAUUUGUUUUAAAUCCACUGAUGAGUGUUGGUGUUAUAUAGUACAAGGUUUUGAUUUUUUUUUCUUUUUAGUAUUUUUUUCCUUCUCCUUUUUGUAAUUGUAAUUCUUUCACUGUACAAGAAGAGAGAAACAUGGCAUAUUGAAAGAAGUUUAUACUGUACUUAUU